AUGGCGCAAUACACUCAGGUAGAGCUUCUCACUCUCAACGGCUCGGAAUUCCGUCGUGUUUCCACCGCGCCACCUCGGCCGCCUACUGAAGAUGAGAUCCCAGUAAUUGACCUCGGCGCAAUUGAUGACGAUCUGGAAGCUAGAGAGCGCAUCGCAUCGCAGGUAAAAGCCGCAGCCGAAAACACAGGGUUUUUUUAUAUCAAGAACCAUGGCAUCCCAGAAGAGCUCAUCGAAAGAGCCCUAGCAAGUGCGAAAGCAUUCUUCAGCCAGACAGACGACGAAAAAGACCGGGUCUCCCAUAAGAGAUUCCAACAUUUCAAUGGGUACCACGGUGUGGGAAAUCGCAAAGAAACCUUUUCCCUACGCUACAACCCUAUCAACGACCCUACAAUCGCCGACCCCACCCCCCUCCUCACGAACGCGAACUACGCAUACAGCGACGACUCCUGCCUGUGGGAGGGAACGUCUCACAUCGCAGACUUCAAAGAAACAACCAUUCAAUUCUGGCAAACACGCCUUACACUAGCCCGUAAGAUGAUCCGCAUCUUCGCUCUAGCCCUAGGCAUGCCAGAAAAUUAUUUCGACGAAGUAACCACAAACCCCGGCGCAGACGGUCUCUACGUUCACUACCCCGGCUCCGCAGAGCCUGUCCCCUCGGAUGCAGAAACGGACGUCGGAAUUGGCUCGCACACCGAUAUCCAAUGCGUCACGCUUCUCUGGCAGGAUAUGUCGGGUGGUCUGCAGGUGCUAUCUGCCAGCGAUGAAUGGCUCGAUGCCAAGCCCAUCCCCGGCACGCUAGUGGUUAAUAUUGGGGAUUUUUUGCAAAGGCUUUCUAACAAUCGGUUUAAGUCUACUGUGCAUCGGGUUUAUAAUCGGCAGACCAAGUCGCGGUACUCGAUGCCGUUUUUCUUGGGCUUUAAUCCUGAUUCGGUCUGUCGGGUCGUGCCUAGUUGUGUUGAUGAUCAACACCCGGCUUUGUAUGAGCCUGUAUCUUGUGGGAAGUGGCACCGAGAUCGACUUGCACUUUCCCAGGGGAGGACAAUAGCUGCGUGA